AUGCGACAGCGCCGAGAGACGGACAUUGAAUACCAACAAAUGGAAAGAAUUGCAGAUGCCGAAGCAAUGCGAGAACGUCGACAAACGGAUAUUGAAUACCAAGAAAUGGAAAGAAUUGCAGAUGCCGAAGCAAAGCGACAACGUCGACAGACGGACAUUGAAUACCAACAAUUGGAAAGGAUUGCAAAUGCCGAAGCAAUGCAGCAACGUCGACAGACGGACUAUCGAGAAUCGGAAAGGCUUUCAGACGCCGAGGCAAGGCAGCAGCGACGGGCGGCAGACCCUGAAUUCCGAGAAAGAGAGAGAGGUGCAAAUGCUGAGGCAAUGCGACAACGCCGGCAGACGAGCCUGGAGUAUAGUCAAAAUGAAAGGAAAAUGAACUCAGAAUCGAUGAGAGUGCGCAGGGAAGAAAAUGUCGAAUACAGACAACGAGAAAGGGAAGCUAACAGUGAAGCAAUGCGGAUUCGCAGAUCUACUAAUGAAACGGAGAGGGAGCGUCAAGAGAAUGCGUUGAGAAUGCAGCUUUGUCGAAGUACCGGAAAGAUACAUGAGCAGGAAGGCAUUAAGGAUCGGGAAGCGAAGCAGCAAAAAAGAACCUUCACUUACACAUCGGGUGUUGAAGCAUAUGAAAAUGCAGUUAAGGAAGGGCCAACGUACACGUGCAACUGCUGCGGCAGAUUAGAAUUCCGACGCUCUGUUUCUAUACUCAAAAUGUCACAUCUGCAGCAAGCUAGCAGUGCAAAUAAAGUCCCAAGAAAUCUUAUAAGAAAUGUAUUUUAUCUACAGCAAGUUGAAGAAUGCUUCUUCUGCAAAACGUGCGUACAGAGCAUUAAAUGCUGGAAGCAACCUCGUUACUGUCUUUCAAACGAGUUGCACUUUCCCAUCGUGGACCGCAGACUGCAGAUUUUGGGAAGGCAAGAAGAACGGCUUGUAGCUGCAUGUCAUAUUUUCCAGACAAUCUAG